UUAGAGUGAGUGUGUGUGUGUUUGUGUUGUGUUUGUUCGGACAACGUUAACCUCUCUCUCUCUCUCUCUCUCUCUCUCUCUCUCUCUCUCCAAGUUCCUAAGCUUGGCCUUGGAUUUGGGGUUAAAAGGCCUCGAGAGAGAGCGAAGCUUGCCUCUGCACUUUAUUCCCCACACCUUCAAAUUCGAUACUUUGCUCUGCUCUGUACCCACAACCACAACCAGGUUUUUGUUUUGCAACAACACAGACUCUCUCUCUCUAGCUUCUACAUUGUCUUCUUCUCCUUCUUCUUCUUCUUCUUCUUCUUCUUCUUCUUACCCUUUGUGCUUGGAUUCUUUCAUCUUCUUCCAGAGCACACAACAACUGAAACUGAAAGUGAGUGUUUUGAUUACCAACAUUUGAGUGAGUGAGUGAGUGAGUGUUUUGAUUUGUACAGCAUUGACAACAAUGGUGACAAACUGGGAUUUGCUUUGAUCCCUGAAUUGAUUUCUCGAGUAACAGAGGAUUUUGUUUUGUUGUUCUCAAUUUCCGAGUGCUUUGAUCAUCAAAGCGGUUGUGUCUUUUUCCUCCACUUUAUCCGGUUGAAUAGAGACAUAAACAGAACUAGAAUUGCAUAUUCUCUCACUUCAUCUCAAAUUCAUUGAAGAAAAGACUUUGUAUGUUGUUCAUCUGGAAAGAUAUAUGAAGUUUUCCCAACAAUGAGAGAUGAGAACUCAAAGAAAACCAAGCUUUCAUGGCCCAAAAUGUUGGUCAAGAAGUGGUUCAAUAUCAAGAGUAAAGCUGAAGACUUUCAGGCAGAUGAUGAUGUCCUUUAUGGAGGUGUUGAUGAAGAGUGGAGGAACAACCUUUCACAGAGGGAGGAAUGCACUAUCAAGAAAAGCAAAGCAGAGAGAGCAAAGAGAAGGAGUUCAGAAAAAAUGCGGCGAGGUAAAAUUGACCUUGAUUCAGCUCAGGUUACCGAUGUGAAUAACUAUAGAAUCUUUGUUGCGACUUGGAAUGUAGCUGGAAAAUCUCCUCCAAGUUAUUUUAGUCUUGAAGAUUGGCUUCACACCUCUCCGCCUGCUGAUAUCUACGUUCUAGGGUUUCAAGAAAUUGUACCUCUCAAUGCUGGCAAUGUUUUGGGCACAGAAGACAAUGGUCCUGCCAGAAAAUGGCUAGCACUUAUUCGAAAGACCCUAAACAGCCUACCCGGAACGAGCGGUGAAUGCCACACUACUUCACCGCUCCCGGAUCCUAUUGUAGAGUUAGAUGCUGAUUUUGAGGGAUCGAUGAGGCAGAAGGCAACCUCGUUCUUCCAUCGCAGGUCAUUCCAAUCCUUGAGUCGUAGUAUGAGGAUGGACAAUGACAUGUCACUGCCAAGCCUUGAUCGCCGUCUCAGCGUGUGCGAUAGAAUGAUAUUCGGUCACAGGACAAGUGACUAUGACCCCAAUUAUAGAUGGGCUUCCUCAGAUGAUGAAAAUGGACCUGGUGACUCUCCAGUUAUUACACAAUAUUCACCGAUGUCAUAUAGAGGUUGUUUCUCUAUGGAGGACAGAGAUAGACCGACAGAGAACUCGAGAUAUUGUUUGGUUGCAAGUAAGCAAAUGGUUGGGAUAUUUCUAACAGUUUGGGUGAAAAGUAACAUAAGAGAUGAUGUUCACAACAUGAAAGUGUCUUGUGUUGGCAGAGGGUUGAUGGGAUAUCUUGGAAACAAGGGUUCAAUAUCAAUUAGCAUGUCUUUGCACAAAACAAGCUUUUGCUUCAUUUGUAGUCAUUUGACUUCUGGACAAAAGGAGGGUGAUGAGUUAAGGAGAAAUUCUGAUGUAAUGGAGAUUCUGAGGAAGACAAGGUUUCCUCGGGUUAAUGGCAUGGGUGAUGAAAGCUCUCCUCAAACUAUUCUAGAACAUGAUCGAAUAAUUUGGCUGGGGGAUUUAAAUUACCGGAUAGCCCUUUCUUACCGUGCAGCUAAAGCUCUUGUUGAGAUGCAUAAUUGGAGGGUUUUGUUAGAGAAUGACCAGCUUCAUAUAGAACAAGAACAAGGUCGUGUGUUUGAAGGAUGGAAUGAGGGGAAAAUAUAUUUCCCUCCCACAUAUAAGUAUUCAAACAAUUCAGAUAGAUAUGCAGGUGAUGAAAGACACUCGAAACAGAAGAGAAGAACUCCAGCAUGGUGCGAUCGUAUCUUGUGGUAUGGAAGAGGCCUCCGCCAAUUAUCUUAUGUUCGUGGAGAGUCAAGAUUCUCUGAUCACAGACCAGUGUGUAGCAUGUUCCUGGCAGAAGUUGAGUCUAUUAGCCGUAACCGAAUCAGAAAAUGCUCUAGCUGCUCCAGCUCUAGGAUUGAAGUAGAAGAGUUGUUGCCCCAUUUGCAUGGUUACAGCUACACUGAUAUGAAUUUCUAUUGAUGAAUGCUGCAAUAUAUUUUCCAUCUGAUCAACUUCACUCAUUGAGGAAACUGAAGUUGCAAAGUGUAAAGUACAAGGUGGGCACUGCUCUCAGGAUUGUUGCUAGCCCCAGCGGCGAUGUCGACAUUCUGUUACUCUCACAGUCCCAAAGAAGUUGCAGGCUGCAGAACAAGGUUUAGCCUACAACUACUGACAUUGGAUGUUUUGCGGCUCACAACCAUUUCGGCAGAUAGUUGCUUUUAGGCUCAAUGCAAAAUAACAUCUCAAUUCUCAUUAAUAAGAGAUAUAAAAAGAGUUGCCGGUUGAUGGAUUCUCAUUGCUUGUGCUAGAAAAGAAUUGUGCAAGUUCUGGAGGACAUGAAGCUUCUCUUUCUUGUGGCAGCUAAUGAUUUCACUGAGAACCCCAUUAAAGUGAAAUGAGUAAAUUCCAUGGCUUUAUUUUCAACAUGGGGUGUUUGUUUUCUUUUUUUCUGAUUAAGAUCAAAGUUGCAACCAAAAGGAAAGAGAGAAAUGUGCAUUACAUACAGUGCUUUAUUGGCUUUUAUCAGCAAGUCAUUAUUUUGUACUA